AUGCGCCACCUGGUUGCUGAAGCUCGAGAGGACCUUUAUGGACAAAGAAUCCUGUUCAAGAUAGUUCUGUCUGGAAUUCCAUACCACCUCCAGAGAAUGGAAAAUGUCUUCAAGUUUAAGUUCUUAACUGGAAACCAGCCACCAGGGAAAAUGACCGUAUCUGUAACCAAAUUCAGUUGCUCAGGAUAUCCGAAUGACAGAACCAUUGAACUGAAAUAUGAGUUCGCCGACGGAUGCCAAACAGCCGAGCAUAGCGAUCCUGGAGCGGCUUAUACAGGAAUUCGCAGAGUUGGGUACCUACCUGACAAUUCACGUGGCAGAACAACCUGCAGGAUGCUAAAGGUUGCCUUCAAGCGCAGACUGGUAUUUACCAUUGGAAGAUCACGAACUACAGGAAAGGACAGUGUGAUAACAUGGAACGACAUUCACCAUAAAACCGACCCGAGACCGCAGUCACGCCUUGGCUAUCCUGAUCCAAAGUACUUGGACCGAGUGACAGAAGAACUGGCUGUAAAAGGUGUAACGGAAAAAGAUAUCCAGGAUGAUGAUAUACUGGAAGGAGUUUUAAUAGUCUAA